AUGGCUAUCGUUAACCAGUUUGAGACCACAACGCAGAUGCGUAACGACUAUCAGAAGCUACUCACGCUCUACAAGUGUAGCGACCGGCAGUGCAACAAUAAGAAGCGUGCUAGUACCGGCCAUAUCGGCUGUCUUGUUGAAGGUGGCAAGCACUACGCCGUGCUCGGUGGACAUAUACGAGACUAG